AUGGACACAUUUACACAGAAGUACACACAGGUACACAACGGGACACAGGUACGCAAAGGGACACACAGGUACGCAGAAGUACACACGUACACAAAGGGACACACAGGUGGAGGAGGAAAGCGCAAAGGGAGGAGCAAGAAAUGGAAGGAGAUCCUCCGAUUCCCUCAUAUUAGCCAGUGUUCCGAACUGGGGAACAGCAUCGAAAGGGACUACGUUUGCCUUUACUGCGAGACCAAACCCAGUUUGCAGCGAUGCAUUCGGUUACUGGACGCAAUGGAAGACUACGAGGUGACACCGGACGAAAAAAGAAAAAGUACCGGGGACCAGAUCAUCAAGACGUUUCUCUCCAAACAAUCACCUCAGCGAGUGGACGUAGCCGAGGUUUUUGCCGACACCUGCAGGGAGAACCUGGAACUCAGUCCGUGUAAGGAAAUCUUCAGUGAUUGUCGCAGAGCGGUUCACGACUUCCUGAGUGACGGUGCAUUCAAGGACUACCAGAACUCCAUGUACUUCGACCGAUUCCUGCAGUGGAAGAUUCUGGAAAGGCAACCAAUCACGAAGGACACAUUCAGGCAGUACCGAGUCCUGGGGAAGGGGGGGUUCGGAGAGGUGUGCGCCUGCCAGGUCAGAGCCACGGGGAAGAUGUACGCCUGCAAGAAGCUGGAGAAGAAGAGGAUCAAGAAACGCAAAGGAGAGUCCAUGGCGCUGAACGAGAAGCAGAUCUUGGAGAAAGUCAACAGUCGCUUCGUGGUGAGCCUGGCGUACGCGUACGAGACCAAGGACGCCCUGUGUCUGGUGUUGACCAUCAUGAACGGCGGGGACCUGAAGUUCCACAUCUACAACAUGGGGCGGGCCCGCAAGGAACGGGUGAAGAGGGAGGAAGUGGAGCGGAGGGUGCAGGAGGAGGAGGAGGAGUACAACGACAAGUUCACCGAGGACACCAAGGCUAUCUGUAGAAUGCUGCUGACCAAAGACCCCAAGCAGAGGCUAGGGUGCCAGGCGGACAAGGCGGCCAGCGUCAAGGCUCACUCCUUCUUCAAAAAUAUCAACUUCAAGAGGAUGGAGGCCGGGAUGGUGGAGCCGCCCUUCGUGCCCGACGUGAGUAGUUCCCCAGUCUGGGUCCGUGCCCCACGAGUUUGGACUAGAACCGGAAAUGAGAACGUACAGAAUAAGGAAGGUCUGGUACCGUUUCAAUAAGAAUGGUUUGGUACUGAUCCAAUAAGAACGGUUCGGUACCGGUCCAAUUAAAACUGUCUGGUACUGGUCCAGUAAAAAUUGUCUGGUACCAGUCCAAUAAGAACAGCCCGGUACUGGUCCAAUUAGAAUGGUUUGGUACUGAUCCAAUAAGAACGGUU